CCAGGCAGUGUGUGGGCCACCUCAGGUGACGGUGUUUGACUGAUGAAGGACCCCAAAACGGCGGCUCAUCGUUGGCUUCCCUAAGAGACGGGGAAAUUGCCUUUGUAUAUGAAACGUUAUCCAUCUAUAAUCUGAAUCAUCUUAUCAAACACGCCGUUUUGAGCCGGGCCUAGUGCUCCUUUUGCAGCCCUUGAAGAACAUUUUUUGUUGAAGCCACAGAAAGAAGGGAGCCAUGUUUCUGUACAACAUCACCCUACAGCGAGCCACUGGCAUCACUCAUGCCAUCCAUGGGAACUUCUCAGGAACCAAGAUGCAGGAGAUUGUUGUUUCUAGGGGAAAGAUCUUGGAAUUAUUGCGGCCAGAUGCCAAUACAGGAAAGGUGCACACUCUGCUCACAGUGGAGGUCUUUGGCAUCGUUAGGUCCCUGAUGGCCUUCAGACUCACUGGAGGAACCAAAGACUACAUUGUUGUUGGAAGUGACAGUGGUCGGAUCGUCAUCCUAGAAUAUCAUCCAUCCAAAAAUAUGUUUGAGAAGAUCCACCAGGAAACAUUUGGGAAGAGCGGCUGUCGGCGCAUUGUCCCCGGACAGUUCCUGGCUGUUGACCCAAAAGGCAGAGCUGUUAUGAUAGGAGCGAUAGAGAAACAAAAGCUGGUUUACAUCCUGAACAGAGAUGCAGCUGCAAGGCUGACCAUCUCCUCUCCACUGGAAGCCCAUAAAGCAAACACACUGGUCUAUCAUGUAGUCGGAGUCGACGUCGGCUUUGAAAAUCCCAUGUUCGCCUGCCUAGAAAUGGACUACGAGGAAGCUGACAAUGACCCGACCGGAGAAGCUGCCGCUAACACACAACAGACACUCACCUUUUACGAGCUGGACCUGGGCUUGAAUCACGUGGUCCGCAAGUACAGCGAGGCUUUGGAAGAGCAUGGAAAUUUCCUUAUCACUGUCCCUGGUGGUUCUGACGGGCCUAGUGGAGUUCUGAUCUGCUCGGAAAACUACAUCACUUAUAAGAAUUUUGGAGACCAGCCUGACAUCCGCUGUCCCAUCCCACGACGCAGGAACGACCUGGAUGACCCAGAGCGUGGUAUGAUAUUUGUCUGCUCAGCCACCCACAAGACCAAGUCAAUGUUCUUCUUCCUGGCCCAGACUGAGCAGGGUGACAUCUUCAAGGUUACUCUGGAGACAGAUGAGGAAAUGGUCACGGAAAUCAGGCUGAAAUACUUUGACACCAUCCCUGUGGCAACAGCCAUGUGUGUCCUGAAGACUGGCUUCUUGUUUGUGUCUUCAGAGUUUGGAAACCAUUACCUUUACCAGAUUGCGCACUUGGGUGACGAUGACGAGGAGCCUGAGUUCUCCUCUGCAAUGCCGCUGGAAGAGGGAGACACGUUCUUCUUCCAACCCCGGCCCCUGAAGAACCUCGUGCUGGUGGAUGAACAGGAAAACUUGUCCCCCAUAAUGUCCUGUCAGAUUGCUGAUUUGGCCAAUGAAGAUACACCACAGUUGUAUGUUGCUUGUGGACGAGGACCCCGAUCCACUUUGAGGGUCCUCAGACAUGGAUUGGAGGUGUCAGAGAUGGCUGUGUCUGAGCUGCCCGGUAACCCCAACGCUGUGUGGACAGUACGCAGACAUGUUGAAGAUGAGUUUGAUGCCUACAUCAUUGUGUCUUUCGUGAACGCUACUCUGGUACUUUCCAUCGGGGAGACUGUAGAGGAAGUGACAGAUUCUGGAUUUCUUGGGACGACACCCACUCUCUCCUGCUCACUGCUCGGUGAAGACGCUCUGGUUCAGGUGUACCCAGACGGUAUCCGCCACAUCCGAGCAGACAAGCGUGUAAACGAGUGGAAGACUCCUGGCAAAAAAACUAUUGUUCGCUGCGCUGUGAACCAGAGACAGGUUGUUAUCGCACUCACAGGAGGGGAGCUUGUCUACUUUGAGAUGGACCCGUCUGGACAGCUGAAUGAGUACACAGAGCGGAAGGAAAUGUCUGCAGACGUGGUUUGUAUGAGCCUGGCUAAUGUUCCACCUGGUGAGCAACGCUCGCGAUUCCUGGCCGUGGGACUGGUUGACAACACUGUCCGAAUCAUCUCCCUGGAUCCUUCGGACUGCCUACAGCCGUUGAGUAUGCAGGCCCUUCCAGCCCAGCCAGAGAGUCUGUGUAUUGUCGAGAUGGGAGGGGUCGAGAAACAGGAUGAACUUGGAGAAAAGGGAACCAUCGGCUUCCUCUACCUCAACAUAGGACUUCAGAAUGGUGUGUUGCUGAGGACCGUGCUUGACCCAGUGACGGGUGACCUGUCAGAUACCAGAACACGCUACUUGGGGUCACGACCUGUCAAACUCUUCAGAGUCCGGAUGCAGGGACAGGAAGCUGUGUUGGCAAUGUCCAGCCGCUCCUGGCUCAGCUACUCGUACCAGUCUCGCUUCCACCUGACCCCUCUGUCAUAUGAGACUCUGGAAUACGCCUCUGGUUUUGCCUCCGAGCAAUGUCCUGAGGGCAUCGUGGCCAUUUCCACCAACACACUGAGAAUCUUGGCUUUGGAGAAAUUGGGAGCCGUCUUCAAUCAGGUGGCCUUUCCUCUGCAGUACACUCCCAGGAAAUUUGUAAUCCACCCAGAGACGAACAACCUUAUUUUGAUCGAGACCGACCACAAUGCCUACACUGAGGCAACCAAAGCUCAGAGAAAGCAACAGAUGGCUGAGGAGAUGGUAGAGGCUGCUGGUGAGGAUGAAAGAGAGCUAGCUGCUGAGAUGGCUGCCGCAUUCCUGAACGAGAAUCUCCCAGAAGCCAUUUUUGGUGCCCCUAAAGCCGGGGCAGGACAGUGGGCCUCACUGGUGCGUCUCGUCAACCCCAUACAGGGUUCAACACUGGAUCAGGUGCAGCUGGAACAGAACGAAGCUGCAUUCAGUGUCGCCGUGUGCCGUUUCCCCAACACAGGAGAUGAUUGGUAUGUUCUGGUGGGUGUUGCCAGGGAUAUGAUUCUCAACCCAAGAUCAGUGGGUGGUGGCUUUAUCUACACCUAUCGACUCGUCAGUGGAGGGGAGAAGCUGGAGUUUGUGCACAAGACUCCAGUCGAGGACGUCCCUUUGGCCAUCGCUCCUUUCCAGGGACGAGUGCUGGUGGGAGUUGGGAAACUGCUGAGAAUCUAUGACCUGGGCAAAAAGAAGCUGCUUCGCAAGUGUGAAAACAAGCAUGUUCCCAACCUGGUGAGUGGCAUCUUUACCAUCGGCCAGCGUGUGAUCGUGUCUGACGUUCAGGAGAGCCUGUUUUGGGUCCGUUACAGACGCAACGAGAACCAGCUCAUCAUCUUUGCUGACGACACGUAUCCCCGCUGGGUGACCACAGCCUGUCUGCUGGACUACGACACUAUGGCCUCUGCUGACAAGUUUGGUAACAUCAGCAUUGUCCGUCUGCCCCCCAACACCAGCGAUGAUGUGGAUGAAGACCCCACAGGGAACAAAGCAUUAUGGGACAGAGGCCUCCUCAAUGGAGCCUCUCAGAAGGCUGAGGUGGUAGUGAAUUACCAUAUAGGAGAGACGGUGUUAUCUCUCCAGAAAACCACUCUGAUCCCUGGAGGAUCGGAGUCCCUGGUCUACACCACUCUGUCUGGAGGCAUCGGCAUUCUGGUCCCAUUCACCUCACAUGAGGACCAUGACUUCUUCCAGCAUUUAGAGAUGCAUAUGCGCUCUGAGUUCCCUCCACUGUGCGGCAGAGAUCAUCUCAGCUUUAGAUCCUAUUACUUCCCAGUCAAGAAUGUUAUUGAUGGAGAUCUGUGUGAGCAGUUUAACAGUAUGGACCCUCACAAGCAGAAAAGUGUGGCAGAAGAGCUGGACAGAACGCCUCCCGAGGUCUCCAAGAAACUGGAGGACAUUCGCACUCGCUAUGCCUUCUAAAUCCUACAGCAGGGGCGGACAGAGGCACUCAUUAGUACCAUAACACGUCGAAAUCAUGCUGUGCCACAGAAAUGCCCCUAUGGCAACAGAAAGCAUGGAUUGUAUGGACUGUUAUACAGCUGACUGUGUGGAGACAAACAUCUUAUUACAUAGAAACAGACCACAAGAUGUGUAGUUUUGUGUAUAUUGCUCAAUUAUGAUGCAACUCACACGCACCAAAACAAAUACCGGCAUUCAAAAAUGAGCAUCAAAAUGAGACACCCCCCCCCCCCGUUGUACAGACUUACUGCAUCAAUCUAUGAGAGUUCCAGUAAGUUUUCUCACCUCCCCUCUGCUGUCGUCAGCAGAAACCACACACAAGCACAUAAAGACACCAUUACAUGGAAACAUGACAAGUGGUGACGGUCAGUAGUCUGUAGGGUUCUCACAGUAAGCUUCAUUCACACGAACAGCUGUGUGAACAGAAUUCACACGGCCUAAUUGCGUAAAGAGCAACUGCACUGUCAUCCACAUAGAUACAUGAUGAUCUGAGUGCGAAAGCAAAUACGUUUUAUAUGAAACCCUUUUUAGUCCCUGCUAAGCAGAACGGUCACAUGGACAGGAUGUGUAGAGAUUGAUAUCACUGGGGAUUUUUUUUUAGUGUCUGUUAUUUAGCAGGAAGGUGUUUGUCAGUUUGUAUGUUCUCUAUCUUUGGUUUGAGCAAAAUUAAAAAUGUUUUUGUAUGGUAUGAUUUUAUAAAACUUGUAUUGAUUAGAACAGUCUGUUAUGAUGCAUAUACCAUAGACUGAAAUGGUAUAAUUAAGUCUUUGCUGGCCCCCUGCCGAGCCGCUUGUUUGAUAACAUGUUGGCCCCAGGCUUAUUAAAGCAUAUUGCUUACUUGCAACUGGGAACCAAACAGAAGCCGACCUCUAACCCACUCAUGCCUCAGGCCAUACGGUUCAAGACGUUUUGCCACCCUGUGGCAUUAGAUGACGGCUGAACUCAGACUAAAUAAGUGGGUGGAAGAAUACUGAAGUUUUGCGCUGGGUGUUGUUCUUCUCAGUCCUGUGAAUUCCCAACCUCAGCCUCAGGCACAGACAUAGCAUUCCUCAGUAGUCAUUGAAUUUAGGGGUUUGUGGGAUGGGGGCAGUGGUCUGUUUGUGUAAAUAAAGUUGUUGUUUUUUGUGCUUUAUAA